AUGUUCUUCUUCACACUUUCAUGUUUGUUCGGCACCAAGCGCCACUCCAAAAACAAGCCGCCUCAACCACCGGAAACACCGCCACCGCCACCUACGCCGCCGCCUGAGCCAUCGGAAACACCGCCGCCUGAACCACCGGAAACACCGCCACCACCACCUACGCCUCCGCCUGAGCCAUCAGAAACACCACCACCACCGCCUGAGCCACUAGAAACACCUCCCCCACCGCCUGAGUCAUCGGUAACACCGCCGCCUGAACCACCGGAAACACCGCCACCACCACCUACGCCGCCGCCUGAGCCAUCGGAAACACCACCACCGCCGCCUGAGCCACUAGAAACACCUCCACCACCGCCUGAGCUAUCGGAAACACCGCCACCACCACCGCCUGAGCCACUAGAAACACCUAUGCCACCGCCUGAGCCGUUGGAAACACCGCCGCCGACUGAACAAUGGGAAGAUUUCUCAUAUCUUGAGCUAUCACCUCAGAGGGGGACGAUUGUACCGCUUUGGAAUGCGCCGCCACCCCCACCCCCGCCGCCUACUUAUUUCUAUCCGCGUGACGGCCACUCAUGCGAAGAUGAUCCCAACGCCUGCAUUAUUAUGUAG